AUGAAAGCAAUCAUUCUUGUUAUAAUUUUUAUAGCCCUCGCUGUCUCACUUCAAGCAGCUUUUGAUGUUGCAACAGCACAUACCCUCAAACAAUACCCGUCCUACACUCUUUUCACUAGGUCAAUAGCUUCCUUGGGAAUAGAAUCCCCAUAUAUAGGACAGUAUGCAGGGUACUUUAAAUGUGAUCUUACUCAACAAAACAUAUUCUACUGGUUUUUUGAAAGCAGAUCUAAUCCGGCUACUGACCCUUUGAUUUUAUGGUUAACUGGUGGGCCCGGUUGCUCGUCAAGUUACGGAUUGUUUUUUGAAUUGGGGCCCAGUUCAAUCAAUACCGAAGUCAAGCCGGUCCAUAAUCCUUGGUCGUGGAAUUCAAAUGCUUCUGUUAUAUUUUUGGACCAACCUACUUACACGGGGUUUUCAUAUGGAGGCAUACCGGCACUAAACACCGAUACUGCAACUCAACUGAUAUACAUGUUUAUUGAGUUUUUCCUUGACCGUUUUCCCCAGUUUAGGAAGGUCAAAUUUCACAUUGCUGGCGAGUCGUAUAGUGGACAUUACAUCCCCAACUUGGUAUCUACUUUCAAACGGAAUCUGAGAACAAUUACAUUCAAUCUCACCUCUGUGCUCAUAGGGAACGGGAUUAUAGACCCAUUGACACAAAUUGGUGCAUAUAGGCCUAUGGCUUGUGGUGAAGGUGGGUACAAGAAACUUCUCAAUUCAAGUGAAUGUCAAUACAUGGAGGAAAAGUAUCAAGUGUUCAAAAAGAUUGACGAGUUGUGCUACAAGUAUGGUGAGGUUUCGUCAUGUGUAUAUGCUAGAAGGUUGGGCAAGGAAGUGGGCGCACCGUUUUCUCGACUUGGUCUCAACCCGUAUGAUAUUCGCAAAGAAUGUGUGGCCAACACCUCUGAUUGCUAUGUUGAAUCCCAACCAAUUGACCAAUACUUGAACCUUGCAAAUGUGAAACAAGCACUCGGCGUGCCUGAAGCAACUGAGUUCCAAAUGUGUAAAGAUUCUGUUGCAUUUCCAUUUGAAGUUUAUGGAGACAACAUGCGACCAUCACAACAAUACCUUCAAAAUUUAUUAGAGGAUGAUAUUCCAGUGCUCAUUUAUUCUGGCGACAAGGAUUUUGUUUGCAGUUGGGUCGGUUUAUUACAGGUUUGUGAUAAGCUAAACUAUAAACAAUUUGAGCAACAACAGUUGCGUCCUUGGCGGACAAAGAGUGGCGGCGCCAUUGCUGGAGAAGUGAAAAAUUAUGACAAAUUGACGUUUGUGAGAGUCUAUGAUGCUGGACACAUGGUUCCCUUUGACCAACCUGAAGCAAGUCUUGAUUUGGUUAAUCGUUGGAUCAAUGGCGAUUUAGCCUUUGAGUAG